AUGCAGUUGUACAGCAGCGUGCUAACACACUACCCUGGCUCCUCGCGAAAACUUUCGAUAACUGUUACCAGCAGCACCAAAAACCCGUCAACGACAACAACUUCGGCCUCUCCUGUUGUGCCUAAUAUCGGAAGCGCCACCACACACGCAGAGGAUUCAGCCAGAGAGGUUACCACCGACGAGAAAAUGCCUGCCUUUUCGUGUUACGAGGCUGCCUCUAUGAGGCCAGUGUUCUACACAUCCACAGCCGAGAUCACAGUGACUCGACCGGAUGGCUUGGAAAGGUCUGUCCCCAUUCACAUUAUCAAGAAGACGUGCACUAACGGGUCUCCAUCAGAAACACAGUUCCAACCUGCGUCUUAUGUUGUUACUGGUAAUAACAAACAUGACAUGUCAGAUUCUGAUUUGAUUGUGGACUUGAUUGACCGCAUGAGAUGUGGAACGAAGGUUUUCGAGAACGGUGAAACGACAGCUGAAAAUUCGAGAAACUUCGGGGAUUUAUCGGUUCGUGGCGUUCGCAGGACGUCCGAAGACGACGAGGAACCGUUAUCCGCACCACGUGACGCCAUUUCCCGUCAAACUUCUGAUGUUGUGCCCAGGAACGCAGUAGAGGACUCACCUAAGGCUCUGUUGUCAAUCACAGAUCAAAUCCAUCAGAACAACCUGUCAGCGGAGGAAGACGACACGGAAUACGCACAGGAGCCGGUUUUCGAACUGCGUAUUCUUCAAGAGCCUACUUCCCAAAGCGCAGCACCAAACAGAAGCGAACUCAGCGACAAGGUGACCCGUUACCUGGCGGAGGUGGAAAAACAGAACAAAUACCUUCGCGAGAGAGGGAAAUACCGUUUCCACAUCAUACCUGAUGGAAACUGCCUGUACCGAGCCGUGUCAAAGGCGGCGUACGGAGAUCAGUCAAUGCACAAAGACCUGAGAGAGCAGACGAUGCAUCAUAUCGCGGAUCACCUGGAGGAGUUCAACCCCAUCAUCGAAGGGGACGUCGGGGAAUUUCUGAUUAACGCUGCGCAGGACGGUGCCUGGGCUGGUUAUCCCGAACUCCUUGCCAUGAGCCAGAUGCUUAACGUUAACAUAUACCUGACCACGGGCGGUAGUCUAGAGAGUCCCACUGUUUCAACCAUGGUCCACUACCUGGGUGAGGAAGACUUGACCAAACCUGCCAUUUGGCUGAGUUGGCUUAGUAACGGUCACUACGACGUACUACUCGACAGUUGUAUGCCGAAUCCCGAGUACGAUGAGUGGUGCCGUAACACACAGGUUCAGAGGAAACGAGACGAAGAACUGGCCAAGUCAAUGGCGGCUUCUUUAUCGAAAAUGUACACUGAGCAGAACGGUCUACACUGA